AUGGGAUCAGCUUCCUCCUCUGCCUAUGUACCAAAGAUUAUCUACUUGGAGAAAGACAAUGUUUCCCGGAAGGUGAUGUUCAGCAGACACUGCAGACCCAGUGACAUUAAGGAGCUGCUGUGCACAACUGUUGGGUUCACCAGGGAUACCUUGAUUAUGCUCAUGGAUCAAGAUGAUGCUAUUAUAUCCAUCGACCCAACUAUGCCAUCUAACACACCAAGAAUUUUCAAAGUCAAUGACCUGAAAACUGAAAUCUCAAGUAGAUUGGCAGCUUUGGAGAAGAGAGUUGAAUUGGAAGGAUUAAAGGUGGUAGAGAUAGAGAAGUGUAAGAAUGAUUUGAAGAUACUUAAAGAUGAAUUGUCUUUGGGAAACAGGUCAAACACACCUUGUAAACAUACAUUCAUGGAGGAUCCUAUAAAGCUGACACCACAACGUGAUGUUCCAAAAUAUCCCAAGUAUACUCUAUCCCAGGAGACCAUUGAAGCACUGAAGAAACCAACAUUUGAUGUCUGGCACUGGGAGUACAAUGAGAUGCUCAGCUGUCUUGAGUACAUGUACCAUGACCUUGGACUGGUAGAAGAGUUCAACAUGAAUCCCAUCAUACUAAAACGUUGGCUGCUCAGCAUUCAGGAGAACUACCGAAACAAUCCAUUCCACAACUUCCGGCAUUGCUUCUGCGUAACACAGAUGAUGUAUGGUAUGAUCCAUCUGUGUGAGCUGCAGGAGAGACUUACUCCAAUAGAUCUAGUGAUUUUAAUGACUGGAGCCAUUUGUCAUGACCUGGAUCACCCUGGAUACAACAAUGCGUAUCAGAUCAAUGCCCGCACUGAGCUUGCUGUCCGAUACAAUGACAUUUCCCCACUGGAGAAUCAUCACUGUGCUGUCGCCUUCCAGAUACUGUCUCAGCCAGAGUGCAACAUUUUCGCCAAUGUAGAUCCAGAUGUCUUUAAACAGAUCAGACAGGGAAUUAUUACACUUAUUCUAGCCACUGACAUGGCUCGACAUGGAGAGAUACUGGACUCAUUCAAACCAAAGGUUGAUACUUUCGACUUCUUGAAUGAAGAACAUAAAAUGAGUCUGAAAAUGCUCCUUAUCAAAUGCUGCGAUAUUUCCAAUGAAGUGCGGCCAACAGAAGUAGCAGACCCUUGGGUUGACUGUUUGCUUGAAGAGUACUUUACACAGAGCGACAGAGAGAAAUCUGAAGGCCUCCCUGUAGCCCCGUUCAUGGACCGGGAUAAGGUUACCAAGCCCACAGCACAGAUUGGUUUCAUCAAGUUUGUUCUCAUACCAACAUUUGAAACACUGAUGAAGUUAUUCCCACAGAUUGAAGAAGCCACAGUACAACCACUGCGAGAUUCCAGAGAUCGCUAUGAAGAGCUGAAGCAGAUUGAUGAUGCCAUGAAUGAGCUGCGGAAGAAAACAGAAAAUAUCCCUCUUGGCUGGAAGAAGAACUAA